ACCUUACUCAGGAAGAUCGCCACUCUUCAACUCAAACUCGCACCGCUGGUUCCGCUUCCAUCCGGCCCACCGCAUCCAGCCUUCCCAAAAACGCUCAUGGCCUUCCACCUCCUGACCGAGGAGGAGUUGGACAGCAUAGCCCACUACUACCACCAGAGCACGCCGGGUCCGUGGUCAAACCACUACCCAGCCUGCAUGAACUGGGACAAAGACUUCCUCGCACGACCCAUGUCUUCCACCUCCACCACAACAGUCGCCAGGAGGAAGGUGGGGAAGUUUAUUGGGCUGGUGGGAAUGGAGACGCCG